AUGGAUUUCUCGCAUGUGAAUGGUAGAACCACAAAGGAUAACAACAAUACCUCCGUAAUGUCUAUAAAUCAAUUAUGUAAUACAGACACUGAUUAUCCUGACGAAAUAAAAGAAGCUGCUGCUGUCUUAGAAACAAUGAAACAAAAACCUGUCGUCACAUCAAGUAUAGAAUCAACAGAAUCAACGGAAUCAACAACAACAGAUUCCUCUUCACCUCCUUCACCUCUUGAACCAUCACAAAUAUCAUCUACCCAACCAACAGACGGUAGUUUCAUGUCUAGAAUAAACAAUAUAGGUCUUGUGCGAAAAACAAUGAAUGCUUACGAACAAGGCAAAGCAAAUUCACCUUUUAUAAAAUACACAACAGAAAUGGUCGAAUCUUCAGUAUCACUGAUAUCUAAACCUGUCAUCGAUAAAAUACCACAAUUAGCUCAGUUGGAUCAAUAUGCUUGUAAAGGGGAAUCGCGUAAAAGAAGAGCGAGAGGUGAUAGUAGUAGUGACCAUCCACGUAGUUCAUCGCCGUCUUAUCGUUCUCAAAGAAAUCAUCGAUCGUCUCAUAAUACUACAACUAUAACACGUAGUAGAUGGCAACAAAUGUUAGUGGGGGCUGCUGCUAGUGCUAGCGCGGCUGGUGCCGCUGUUAGCGAGGAAUCAAUGAAAAGUUUAAAAUACUGUUUACAAUGGUUACGAGUACCACUUAUACCUUCGUCAGCAGCUUCUGCCACUCUUUCUUCAAUUAAAAAAGAAGUCGUGGAUACUCUUCGUAGGGUUAUCGAAGUCGUGUCAAAAUAUGCAAGUGUAUGUCUGCCGGACCAUGCAAAAAUGAAUGUACGGUUUUUCAUACUAGAAUUACCAACAAGAUGGGCAUACAUGAAUCACAAUGAUCAUUCUGCCUCACCAUCACCAAUGUCCUCUCCACAAUUAGCUCCCGCCAAUUCACAUCCAAUAAACCAAACUACCGAUUAUGCUCGUAGACUUUUAAGUUUAGCCUCUGAAAGUCGUGACAUGCUUAAUAGCGUGGCUGGAAUUUUUAGCGAAACUGUUGUUAAGGCUGAAAGUUGGGUUGGGAAAUUAAGAUAUGUUGGUAUGACAGGCGGUGGUGCUAAUGCAAUGGGUCAAAUCCAUUUUGAUGAUUCAUCAGAAUCAGAGGUUGAAAAUAUGAGAAUGGAAAUGGAUCAAAGACAAAGUCGUGCUUUCAAAGCUCAAUCACAUUCUAAAAGAAAAAAGGUUAGCGCCAAGAAUGAUGAUGAUAGAAUGGUGGAGAUAUGA